AUGUCCACAAACGUUGGUCCCGAGUCCUCCAGAGUGGUCUGUCCGAACUGUCAUCUGGAGAUGAUGUCGCGCACGGAGGGCCAUGCCACGACAAGAACACACAUUUUAGCCCUAAUCAUGUGCCUGACACUUUUGUGGCCCUGCGCCGCCUGCUUGUAUUGCACGGACUGUGCCCGCAACGUGGAUCACUAUUGCUCCUCUUGCAACACCUUUCUUGGCACCUACGAACGCUAAGCUCAACUGAUGUAUGCUCAUAUUUUGAAUAAAGAAAUCCAGAACUCGGAAUAUAUCUAAAUUAAA